AUGCAGACACGCGAAGCCGUCAAGACUACUAACAUGUUCACCUUACUGGCAAAAAGUAGUAGUGUGGACAGUGAUCGAAUCAACAUCAACACUACAAGCGACACACCCACGUCAACCACUAACGUGAAGAAAAAGAACAAAAGCAAGAAGAAAAAGACCACGAUGAAAUCGUCUACUUUGGAAAAAAAGACGUUAUUCGAAGAAGAGAUAGAUCCGGCGGAGCUACCGCUGAUACGACGACUGGAGGUGGCAGCAUCAAUAUCUGACACACAUGCGGCACUCGUUGGUUUACUAGGCUGGAGUCGAAUUUACAUACACACCGAGACAAUCCUUACCUUUUUUCAAAGCAAUGCUUUGUUUUUACUCCUUCGUAACUUGCUGCAUUCACGACCUACUGCUGUUGUAUUCGAUAACCUCGAGUCUCUACUGGCUAAUUGUCUAUCACUCGAAAGCAAGGCCGAGUUAACAGAAGUCGCCGAGGUAGCACCACACCGACAGAUGGCUGGAGAGGUUGUGGCGGCUGAUCUGGAAGCUAAGAUUGUUCAAGUUACUAAUGAAGAUACAGCUGUGCGCGGCCAUACCAUCCGUGAUUCGUUUCGGCGACGUGAUCUACGAAGCGAUGCGCUGUCAUUGCAUCAAGAGCGUCAUGUGAAACUGGCCAAAUUGGUUGAGGAAUGUGUUCGUAGGUCAGAGCAACAGCGUGAAGUGAAUAUAGAUAUGGAGAAUAUGGAAAAACCUCUCGAGGAGACUCAAACAGCAGAGGAUGAGAGUGUGAUGCGAUUGGUGACUGAGUCGUUACAGGAUAUUCAGAAUCGCAAAGACGCAGAGCUUGUACCGCUUUGUGAAAGAAAGACAAAAGUCGAAACUCAAGUACAAGUGCUUCGUCAAAAACAGGAAGAACUAGAAGCUCAGUUACUGGUCAUCAAAGCCGACUUGCAGCGCGCAGUUGGCGAGCAAGAUCAAAUUGAGGGCGACAUGCGUGCAGUCGAAGAGCGCUUUAUCACUGACACUGCGCGUAUUCGUGCUGAGCACCAGGAUAUAAUGCAGCGAUUUUCUAAAGCACAUCGUCGUCGCAUUUUUACUACUGAAGUGACAAAAGUGGCGAAUGAAGUACGCCAAGCACGACUUGCUUACAGUCAGGUGCAUGCUCUGCGAGCAAAACUAACGGCGUGUGUCUUGCAGCAGCUUGAAGGCUCGCUUAACUAUUUUGAGAGCGAGUUGCCUUGUAUCAAGUUCAUGAUGUCUCGAGUGAACGAGAACGAGGCAAAGCUGGUGUCGACGCUUGAUGAAAUUGCUUCUUACAGAGCAUUGGGUGUGACUGCCGUCGCUUUAGAACUUGAAAAGCAGAUGAGUGAGAUCGAAUCGCAUUUGAAAGAAGAUCGAGAUUGCUUGUCAGCGUUGCACAAGCGUGAUAAUGAUCUUCUGGACAGUAUGCAUUGCCUUUUAACUGAUCCAACUUUGCAAGACGCCCUUGUUGCUGUUGACGCAAAAGUCAAGCACGAAUCGCAACGCAUGAUUGACUAUGUGAGGAAGCUGUACGAAGAUAGAAGUAAUUCUAAACUUGUCUCCAUGAGCAAUGGAUCUCAAAAGUAG